CAUGUUUGCAGUAUGCAUAAAACUCCAUUGAAUGAUGGUAUUGAGGCCAAGAAUCUGUUGGAUUAUACUGUAGAAGAGGUCAAGUCUCUUCAGUCUGGACUCGCCGUUCAUCUGUUAAAUUGAGUUUCCCCUUUGUAUAGCCACCACUACAAAGUACUAUCCACUAGAUAAAGCACGAGGACUGAAAAGUGCAUUAUGGCUGGAGGUUUCCUCCCAUAUCACGAACCAGGCAUUGUCAACAUUCUCAUCCUAAUCUCCUUCUUUUUCUUCCUCUCGCUAGCGGAAUGGAUCUCCUCCAAAAUCAUCCGCGCCGGCAUCAUUGGCCAGAUCGCCGUCGGUAUCAUCUACGGAACGCCACUGGCGAACAUCCUGCAUGCAGACUGGCAAUCCACUUUCCUUGCUCUAGGUUAUAUCGGCUUAAUACUCAUCAUCUUUGAAGGCGGGCUAGGAGCCCGUCUUGACCUCCUGAAGAAGAAUUUCUUCUUGAGUAUGAUUGGCGCUGCAACAGGGGUUCUAUUUCCGAUCGGACUUUCUUACCUGCUCUUGUACUUGGGAUUCGGUUAUGGUGCUGUUGAAACCUUCAUCGUGGGAGCAUCUUUGUCUGCUACUUCUCUCGGCACUACCUUUGCUGUUAUUUCAACCGCUUCCAGCACGGUCGAUCUCGCCCAAACUCGCGUCGGAUCGAUCCUCGUAAGCGCAGCUGUCAUUGACGACGUUGUCGGUCUGGUAAUGCUAAGCGUCAUCAAUGAUCUGGGCGAACUAGGCCAAGGCCACUCUGUCAAUCUAGGCUGGCUAAUUGGCCGCCCGAUUGUAGCCUCCGUCGGCAUGGCUAUUGUAACCCCUCUGGUAACAAAAUACCUCUUUGCGCCGCUCUUCCGCCGCUAUAUCGAGUAUCACUUCGCUCGAUUCGACCACAUCUCCAACAUCAUCCUGAUGAUCUUGGUCCUCUGCGCAUUUAUCAGCAUUGCCGCGUAUACGGGGACUUCCAUCCUCUUUGGUGCGUUCCUGGCUGGUACAUUCCUAACUUAUAUCCCCAGUAAACACCCAGAUGGACCGUUUGUAGUUAUGAGCCGAGAGGAAGGCGAAAGAGAGGAGAAUAAGAGUCCGACAUUCGUGCACACUUUCGAGCGGUACCUGCUGGAUGUGCAGAAGUAUCUUAUGGAGCCGCUUUUCUUCUCGAGUAUCGGGUUCGCUAUCCCCUUUGUGCAGCUUUGGACAGGGAAGAGGAUAUGGAGGGGUAUCGUCUUUACUCUUCUGAUGCUUUUUGCAAAGCUCAUCGUUGGAAUCUGGGUCCCACUUUGGCAAAUACUUUCCGGUUCCAACAUCCUGAGCAGAAAGGUAGCAAAAGAGUAUCCUAGGGAAGAACAUUACAGCGACGAUAGCACAAAAGCAGUCUGGUCCACAGUCUGUCUCUCCGGCCUACUUCUCGGCUCGGCAAUGGUUGCCCGCGGCGAGAUCGGCCUCCUCAUUGUCGAAGUGGGGUAUAAUGAGACUUCGUACGUGAGCGAGGACGCCUUUAUUACCGCCGUAUGGGCGAUUCUGCUCAACACGGUACUUGGUCCUGUAACUGUGGGUCUGCUGGUGAAGUUUCGUGGAAAGGAGAUAGAGGAGGGGGCAUGGGGGCUUCAGGGGACUGCUCCUGCUGGUGAUGGUGAUUCAAGUAUUGAUCCCUCACUUGGUAACCUUGAAGGUUCUUUCAAGACUCAUGAUGACAUGUGUCAGACCACCAGGCAUUCCCCGGCGUACUCAUUGAACCAUUCAGGCUCGAUUUGGACCAAACCCUCCUCACCAGAUGGCCAACUUCCAGUUCCAGCUCAGCCAGCUAUCUACUUGCCAGACUAUCGGCUACUGGUAUCUAGUUUUUAUCUCAGCGACCAGGGCCAAGUCAACUCUACAGGCAGAUUUGUGGUGGAUAAGGUUCAGAGUCAACAAGCAUAG